AGUAGAGCCUCACACAACAUGGGGGGCGUAGCCCAAUGGACCCGAGGCGUGGUUUUUGCUUGAGUGGCAGGCGUAGGUCCGGUGUGGCGUGUAGUGUCUUUACGUUGCGCUCCAGUACCGGAAGAAUUAACCGUAACGCCUGGAAAUGAUCAAGAAAUUUGAUAAGAAGGAUGAGGAGUCCGGAAGCGGGACCAAUCCAUACCAACAUCUGGAGAAGAGUGCUGUCCUGCAAGAGGCUCGAUUAUUCAACGAAACUCCUAUCAAUCCAAGAAGAUGUCUCCAUAUCCUAACCAAGAUUUUGUACUUGUUGAACCAGGGUGAGCACUUUGGAACAAUGGAAGCUACUGAAGCAUUUUUUGCAAUGACCCGAUUAUUUCAGUCAAACGAUCAAAUCUUGCGGCGGAUGUGUUACCUUACUAUUAAAGAAAUGGCCAAUAUCUCAGAGGACGUCAUUAUUGUCACUAGCAGCCUGACCAAGGACAUGACUGGAAAAGAAGAUGUUUAUAGGGGUCCAGCUAUCCGAGCACUCUGCAGUAUCACUGACGCCACUAUGCUGCAAGCUAUUGAGAGGUAUAUGAAGCAAGCCAUUGUGGAUAAGGUUCCCAGUGUAUCCAGCUCCGCACUGGUGUCUUCAUUACAUAUGAUUAAAGUAAGCCAUGAUGUGGUGAAACGCUGGAUCAACGAGGCUCAGGAAGCUGCAUCUAGUGACAACAUCAUGGUACAGUAUCAUGCACUGGGACUCCUAUACUACUUGCGAAAGAACGAUCGGCUUGGUGUUUCCAAGAUGCUUAACAAAUUCACCAAAUCUGGACUAAAAUCUCCUUUUGCUUACUGUAUGUUAAUACGUAUCGCUAGCCGACUUCUGGAGGAAUCUGAAGAGGGACACAACAGUCCUUUGUUUGAUUUUAUAGAGAGCUGCCUUAGAAACAAACAUGAGAUGGUGGUUUAUGAAGCUGCCUCUGCCAUCAUCCAUCUCCCUAACUGCACAGCAAGGGAGUUGGCACCUGCUGUAUCUGUCCUGCAGCUUUUCUGUAGCUCUCCUAAACCUGCUUUGAGGUAUGCUGCUGUGAGGACGCUUAACAAGGUGGCAAUGAAGCACCCAUCUGCUGUUACUGCAUGCAACCUGGACUUGGAGAACCUAAUCACAGACUCUAACCGUAGCAUUGCAACACUGGCUAUCACCACACUUUUGAAAACUGGAAGUGAGGGCAGCGUGGACAGGCUCAUGAAACAGAUUUCAACCUUUGUGUCUGAAAUCUCUGAUGAGUUCAAAGUGGUUGUUGUGCAAGCUAUCAGUGCCUUAUGUCAGAAGUACCCACGGAAACAUACUGUAAUGAUGACCUUCCUUUCAAACAUGCUCAGGGAUGAUGGGGGAUUUGAGUAUAAACGUGCAAUUGUUGACUGCAUUAUCAGCAUCAUAGAGGAGAAUCCAGACAGUAAGGAGUCCGGAUUAGCCCAUCUGUGUGAAUUCAUCGAGGACUGUGAGCACACGGUACUGGCUACCAAGAUACUUCACUUGUUGGGCAGGGAAGGCCCAAGGACACCCAGCCCAUCAAAGUACAUCCGCUUUAUCUUCAACAGGGUAGUUCUGGAGAAUGAAGCUGUCAGAGCAGCUGCAGUGAGUGCUCUGGCAAAGUUUGGUGCCCAGAAUGAAUGUCUCCUGCCCAGCGUCCUAGUUCUUUUACAGAGGUGCAUGAUGGACAGCGAUGAUGAGGUGCGGGACAGAGCAACAUUUUAUUUCAACGUGUUGAAGCAGAAACAGUUAGCGCUCAAUGCUGCCUACAUUUUCAAUGGCCUGACUGUUUCUAUACUUGGGAUGGAGAAAGCCUUACACCAGUACACUCUGGAACCUUCAGAGAAACCAUUUGACAUUAAGAGUGUUCCCUUAGCCACUGUUCCUUUUAUGGAACAAAAAACAGAUCUGGCACCCAUGACUAGUAAGCAACCUGAGAAAGUGGUGCCUGCCCGUCAAGACAUCUACCAAGAACAACUGUCUGCCAUACCUGAAUUCAAGAACUUGGGUCCCCUUUUCAAAUCCUCUGAACCCGUACAACUUACAGAAGCAGAAACAGAGUACUUUGUGCGCUGUAUCAAACAUGUAUUUGCAGAUCAUAUUGUAUUCCAGUUUGACUGCACCAACACACUGAACGACCAGCACUUGGAGAAGGUAACUGUGCAAAUGGAGCCAUCAGAAGCUUACGAAGUGAUUCACUACGUGCCCGCACAGAGCCUAACUUACAAUCAGCCUGGAAUCUGUUAUACCCUAGUCAGGCUUCCUGAAGAUGACCCUACCGCAGUGUCUUGCACUUUUAACUGUACAAUGAAGUUUGUGGUCAAAGACUGUGACCCGCAAACUGGUGUACCAGACCACGAAGGCUACAGUGAUGAAUAUGUGCUAGAAGACUUGGAGGUGACUCUUGCAGAUCACAUUCAGAAAGUGUUGAAGCCUAAUUUUGGAGCCGCAUGGGAAGAGAUUGAUGAUGUGUAUGAGAAAGAGGAAACCUUUGCCCUCAGCACAACAAAAACACUGGAAGAGGCUGUUACAAACAUCAUUAAAUUCUUGGGGAUGCAGCCAUGUGAGAGGUCUGAUAAAGUGCCUGAGAACAAGAACUCCCAUGUGCUAUAUCUCUCAGGUGUCUAUAGAGGUGGUCAUGAUGUUCUGGUCAGAUCUAGACUUGCCUUGGCUGAUGGAGUCACCAUGCAAGUUACAGUCAGAAGCACAGAUGAAACUCCAGCUGAAGUCAUUAUAGCAUCUGUAGGAUAGAUGUUUUCAGAUACAACUCACCCCCUACCCCCAAACAUUUCAGGAAAACAUUUGUUCACACCCUUAAAAUACCAUUCACAUGAGGAACCUUGUUUUUUUUUCUGUGUCUUAUGUAUAGCUAACCAAGACUGCUACACAAUUUUUUGGCCUUGGAGGUCAUUGUGGCAGUACUGUUGGUUCUGUUCAAGACCGUAGCAAUUGCCCAUUCCAGUGUAUGUGUUUAUGCGAUGCAUGAGAAUGUUUGUUUUUAUUUACGCCCAUUGUUCUUUUUACAGAGUUUGUAGAUAAAGAAUACACCUAUUUUCCCAAAUGUGAUAUCCUUCUUGCAGCCUUGGAACUGUGACAAUCUCUAAAGCAUUAUUAUUUUUCCCUUUGAAAAACAUGUUGGUUAUAAGUAACACAAAAUGAACUUAGACAGAUGUUUCUAAAUAACUUGGUCAUUAGAAUGUAUGUUCCUAGAAAGAAAAUUCUUGAUUAAUUAGAAUUUCAAAGUGUACUACUUACAUUGUAGUGCAUCCUGUUAACAUUUUAGCUUGAAAUGGCAUAAUAUAUAAUUUAGGUGUCCUAAAGCCCUACAGGAUAAGCUGUUGACAAUGUUUUUGACACCCUACAGUCUUGCACAUUGAAUACACUCCCAAGUUACCUGAAUUGUAUUUUAUAUUUUCUUAAAAUCUCCUUAAAUUCUACUUUUUUGAGACUUAUUUCCUCUUGAAAAUAUAAACAGGAUACCCCAAUUAAGUCACAUUACAUUUUGAAAUAAAUGACCUUUGAUAUUGUGUACCAUA